AUAGGCAGAUGCCCCCCACCCACCAUAUCUUGUCUUCUCCCAUCAACGAACGGAUCAAACGAACUUGCAGGCAGACGCAGAGGCUUAGCUUUGUGACUUCGGAUCCAGCAAGAGCGAGUAGGUUGAUCUCACCUGAGCAAGAGAUUUUCCUACUCCCGCUUCCCGGCGGGAGCAGGGCCGCAGCGAGAGGUCGGCCGGUUAUUCUUUCCUCAUUAUCCCAGAAAGCGACCACCAUCGCGAUCUCCUCGGCUCCUUCUCGCAUCUGGAGUGACGGUAGAAAGAGAAGGGCAUGCCAUCGUGUGAAUUGUGCGUAGCAGGGCAAACUGGCAGUGGCCUAUGCUUGUUUUGGGAAAACUUGCCAAGCAAAUCGUCUUGCUGAGUGAGAAUCCGCAGCCGCAGGUUAGGCACUAUGGCGACCGUUUUGGAGGGUCUUGUUUCGAGCUCGUUGGGCAAGUUGGGACAGCUGGUGGAGGAUGAGGUCGUGAUGACAUUAUGUGUGGGAAGGGAUAUCAGGAAGCUCCAGCACAAUCUGGAAACCUUCAGGGCAGUUCGUCAGGAUGCGGAGGCUUUGGCCAUGAGAGAUGAAGGGACCAAAUUAUGGUGGAAGCGCGUCAGUGAUGUUAUGUUCAAUGUUGAUGAUGUCGUAGAUCUUUUUAUGGCUCAUUCAUAUACCCGACCAAGAUCGCCGCCAUGCUGCUCCAUGUUUUCUUGUUUUCCAAAGCUUUUGCUUGACCACAGAGUAGCUACAAGGAUCAAGGACAUAAACACGGAGCUUGAGGAGAUUAGAGGGACAACAGAGAUGUAUACCCCGGGGAGACCCGCAUCUCCACCGCCCGAGAUAACAAUUGUGGAUACAAGACAGACAGUUCGUAUAGUUGAACCAGGGGUUGUUGGAACAGCUAUCACACGUUAUGCUGAUUCCAUGGUACAAGCUAUUGUCAGUAGGUGCCAGAAUAAUGAGCCAAGUGUUUUUGGCAUUGAAGGGAUGGGAGGCAUCGGCAAGACAACACUAGCUCAGAAGAUAUACUGGGAGCAGAGCAUACGGAAGGAAUUCCAGAUUCAUAUAUGGCUGUGCAUUUCUGAGACCUACACCAUAACUGAUUUGCUGAAGCAGGCAAUAAGAAUGGCUGGAGGGAAGUGUGAUCAGCUAGAGACCGACACUGAGCUUCUGCUUGGCCUAAAAGACACAAUCCAAGGAAAGAGUGUUUUUCUUGUAUUGGAUAAUGUGUUUCUGCCUGAUGUCUGGAUCAGUCGUCUUCGGUUAGCCUUUAUGGGAGCCUUGAAAGUCGGCGUCCUUGUCACCACAAGAAGCCAUGAAGUUUUGCUGGCAAUGAACACAGCAUAUAUUCAGCCGGUACACAGAAUGAGUGAGGCUGAUGGCCUGAUGCUGCUUAUGAAGAAUUCAUUCCAACAUCCUGAUGGUAAAUUCCGGGAGCUGGGGCUUGCAAUUGUGAGAAAGUGUGAUGGCCUUCCUCUUGCCAUCAAGGCCGUUGCAGGCGCUCUGUCUAGCAGAAAAACAGAGGAGGAGUGGAAGAAGAUCCGAGAUUGCCAAUGGUCUAUUGAUGGACUCCCCGCUGGAGUAGCCGGGGCACUGUAUGUAAGUUACAGAAACCUGCCCCAUGAACUGAAGCAGUGCUUCCUCUGGUGUGCUCUGUUGCCUCCGAGCUUUGACAUAUGGCGUGACGCUGUUGCUUACUGGUGGGUUGCCGAGGGUUUUGUGAGGAAAGAAGAUGGGUGCUCAAUACAUCAGACCGCUGAAAGGUACUACUAUGAGCUAAUUAGGAGGAACCUUUUGCAGCCAAAACCGGAGACCGUGGACCAGGCUGUGUCAACGAUUCAUGAUGUACUGAGGUCGCUUGGACAACAUCUGACAAAGGAUCACUCCUUGUUCAUGAAUGUGAAGAAAGAUUACUCCACGUUCAUGAAUGUGGAAAAUAGCAGAGCCCUGCCAAAUUUACGCCGCCUAGGGAUCAGCAGCGCUGUAGAAGAACUACCAGCUCUAGAAGAGCACAGGUGCUUGAGGACACUCCUGCUUUUCGAUAACAAGAACUUCAAGUCGAUUCGCAGCGACACUUUCAGAAAGCUCCAGCAUGUCCGUGUCUUGGUUCUCCGUGGAACAAGCAUCCAGAACAUACCAGAGUCAUUGGGGGACUUGGUGCUGCUCAAGCUGCUAGACCUGAGCUAUACGGAAAUUAACAAACUUCCAAGGUCCAUAGGUAAGCUCAUAAGCCUUGAGUACCUCUGUUUGCUUGGUUGCCGUGAGUUGCAUAGCCUGCCGGCUGGUCUGAUGGGACUACCAAACAUAAGUUUCCUUGAGCUAGACCAGGUUGCACUUCAUCAUGUUCCCAAAGGGAUUGCAAAUUUUCAGCAUCUCUACAGCCUCAGAGGAGUUUUUGAGAGCGAGACUGGGUUCAGAUUGGAUGAACUGCGAGACCUCCACAAUGUCCGGCGUCUGUGGGUUGAUAAGCUUGAGAAAGCUACACCAAGGGGUGAGCUUGUGCUGAAGAACAGUCGUAAUCUUAGAGAACUGGGACUCCAAUGCACCAGUACUCGCUACGAUGCUGAUGAGCUCGAGAGGAUCCAGCGAGUCUAUGACACACUUGUUCCAUCAACAAGCCUAGCAUAUCUUUUUCUUGUCGGAUUCCCGGGCUCAGCGUUCCCAGAAUGGUUGCUUACCGAACCAGAGCUUAAUAUGCCAAAUUUAUGCCUAAUGCACCUCAAUGAGUGCAUACCAUGCUCAGUGCUGCCACCAGCAGGUCAGAUGCCAGAGCUGCUAGAGCUUAAGAUUCAAGGCGCAGAUGAAGUUGUCUCUAUUGGCACAGAGCUCUUGGGGAAAGGUGUCGCCAGUGCUGCCGCCUUCUUCCCAAAGCUUGAACUUCUCCUAAUCAUUCGCAUGCGCAAUUUGGAGAAAUGGUCCCUCAACACAAGAGAUGUGUGCGAUGGCAACCAUCAACAGUUCUCUCUGAUGCCUUGCCUUCAACGGCUGCUGCUUCUUGAUUGUCCAAAACUGACGGCUCUUCCUCCGGACUUGUCCAAGAUUGUCAACCUCAAGAGAAUCCACAUUGAAGGUGCUCAUGAGCUGAAAGAAGUUGUCAACCUUCCUGCAGUUGUGUGGCUCAAGCUCAAGGACAACAGAAGUCUGAUGAAGAUCUCCAAUCUCGGUAAGCUGCAGGACCUGUUAGUGCAGGAUUGCCCAGCACUGGACCUGGCAGAGAGCCUUUGCUCGCUGGAACGCCUGUACAUGAUAGACUGCCCGCAUGCCCAAGAGUUCAGGAAUGGUCUUUCAGGAGAAGGCGUCCUAGUCCAUAUUGCAACACAUGGCCACAAUAUCUUCCCGGGUGAAACUCUCUAUAAUUAGAUUAGAGAGGCUUACAGCAGCACAAGCGCCGGGCGUAUUAAAGACAUUAUGGAACAGCUGCUAAGGGAUUCAUCUUGGGAUCCUUGGUCAUAUCUUGAAGCAUUCAAGUACAAUGGAGCUCUUUGAUAGGAGUCGGACAACGGGAGAUCUCUCUGUUUGUGGAAUGCUCGGGGUGCAAGUCGUUGUUUUUUUCCCGUUGCUUGUUGCUUUUGGUGUGCUCGUGUGGAGGUUUCACUUGGUCGGCCUACAGAAUGAUAAAUAAUAAAGUCGACAGCAAAAAUGGCAUGAGAAACUUUAUGCUGAUGGUAGCCAAUUGCCGUUGCUGCAUCUCUAUUUGUUGAGUUUAGUUGUAAAUUUGUAAUUGGUAUGACUGUACUAAAGUGUACUCCCUCCGUAAAGAAAUAUAAGAACGCUUAGAUCACUAAAGUUAGUGAUCUAAACGCUCUUAUAUUUACAUCCAAACAAGUUGUGCUCUGAAGGACAAUUGAAUGCCUUUGGUUUUUGUA